AUGCAUUCUGACAACGGAACUACGUUUGUCGAAGCGGAUAAAGAGUUAGCCGCAUCGUAUCAAGCCGCGUUACACAAUCAGGAUUUUCUCAAUUCUACCGCGUCGGAUGGUGUGACUUGGAAUUUCUUUCCUCCUUCAGCGCAUCAUUUUGGAGGGUUGUGGGAGGCUGGCAUGCGUAACGUUAAGCAUCAUCUCCGUCGUGUUCUUAAAAAUCACAAGCUUACAUUCAAGGAAUUUACGACCCUCCUAUGUAGAAUCGAAGCAUACUUAAAUUCUCGUCCCCUCGCGCCCUUGACAGAUUCUCUAGACGAUUUUGAGAUAUUAACGCCUGGACAUUUUUUAAUUGGAUCGUCAUUAACAGUCAACCCGGAGCCAUCAUUAUUAAAAAUCAAUGAAAAUCGCCUCUCUCGAUGGCAACGCGUUCGCCAAAUAACUGAGCAUUUUUGGAAGCUCUGGCAAAAUGAUUAUGUCAACACUCUUCAACAACGCGUUAAAUGGCAAAAGAAGCAAUCGCCGGUCAAAAUUGGACAGCUAGUUCUAUUACGGAACAUCACAUUGCCGCCGUGUAAGUGGGAGCUCGGUCGAUGUCACGAUGGUUCCGACGGAUUGACCCGCGUAGUAACAGUCAAGACAGCAUCCUCCGAGUACAAACGGCCAAUCGGGAAACUGCCUGCUUCCUAUCGAUUAUGA